AUGACCCCGCCGCGCUGUCUCGUCCGAGGCUCUUUGAACAACGACGAGUAUCUUCACGUGAAAAAUCUCGUUCGUGCAGGUGAAACGAUAUUCUCGACCAAAUAUGAGCGUCGGGCCGGCGGCAAGGGCGCAAACCAGGCAGUCGCCAUCGCAAAAGCUGGUGGGCGCGUAGAUCUCCUGGGCUCGGUCGGGGAAGACGGUAUAUGGCUCAUCCAAUAUCUCCAAGCCAUCGGGGUCAGCACCGACAAUGUCUCCGUAGUCGAGACACAUACAGGGCGCGCGAUGAUCCAAGUUGCGGACGACGGCGAGAACAGCAUCAUCCUCUAUCCGGGAGCCAAUUUCUAUCCAUUACCCCUCCCUCGUGCACUCGAUUCAAGAUACACUCAUCUUCUCCUCCAAAACGAAGUCUUGUUCUCAUCAACACAAACCUAUCUCCGCCUCUCCAAGUCCUGCAACCCUCCGAUCAUCAGUAUCUUCAACCCAUCGCCCAUCCCGUCCAAAGAACAGGUCGCCCAAUUUCCGUGGAGUAACCUGGACUGGCUCAUUGUCAAUCAAGGCGAAGCGACUGCUCUAUGUGAGAUCCUCACCGAGGAAUCAAUCCUCAAAGAUACACCCAUUUCUGAAAUCAUUGCGAAGCUCUGCGACGCGCCUGCAUUCUAUCCAUCCACCAAUAUCAUAUGUACUCUGGGUGCUAAAGGCGUCUUUGCUCAUACUCUACAUGGGACGAUUGUCGUUCCUGCUGCAUCUCUCCGAGGGCCCGUCAUAGACACGACAGGCGCAGGCGAUUGCUUUACGGGCUUCUUUGUGGCUGGCUUGAUGGAACACUCGGCGAACAAAGUUAGUACGACUUUGUCGUUACCCGAACUCGAGUCCAUCCUACGGACGUCCGUGGAGGCCGCCGGGAUAUGCGUACAGAGAAGAGGGACCAUAGAAAGUAUUCCUACUCGAAAAGAACUUACCCAAUGA